UUGGGUGACCUCUACCAGGAGAUCCUCCUGGAGCAUAACCGCCGGCCGCGAAAUUUCCGCACCGUGGACGGAGCGACACACCAGGCCGAAGGUUUCAACCCGUUGUGCGGCGACCAGAUUACGCUGCAACUCAAGGUGGUCGCAGGCACUGGAGUGGUGUCGGACGUGGGGUUUCAGGGGCACGGCUGCGCCAUCAGUCGGGCAUCUGCGUCGCUGCUGACUCAAGCCGUCAAGGGCGUGGCCGAGUCCGAGAUUGAGGCCCUUUUCGAAGAGUUUCACCGGAUGAUGACCGAACCGGACGCCGAAUUGAACCUGGACCUGCUGGGCGACCUGGAAAUGCUGUCAGGAGUGAUUGCCUACCCGACGCGCAUCAAGUGCGCCAUCCUGGCCUGGCAUACGUUGAAGGCCGCUCUGUACGGCGAAGCCAUCGCUACCACGGAAUAG